AGUCGAUAGUGCCUAGUUUUUCUUCAUAGUUUUCCAUCGUUGGCCAAUUAUCAAAAUUUUUAAAUUAUGUUGUUAUGAAGUAGCAAAAGUGCAUUAUAAUCUAGUGUCGUUUAGUUUUUUAAGAUGGGGGGAGCUUAUGGAAAAGGCACAAACAGAACAGAAAAUGAGAAGGAAAAAGCAUUUGACUUCAAGAAGUUAGACGCAAGAGUAGAUCACAUUUAUGUCGAUGGAUUAAGCAGAACGAAAGAUGACAUCAUACAUAAAAUUUGCCAUGACUUAUUUCAAUCCACCAAUUUUGAGGAGAUGUUGCAGCAUGCUCACUCCACCAAAACUAAACUUGAAAGCAUCGGAUGUUUUCACAAUAACAUAGUCAUCCAUCUGGACACCAGCUCCGGCCCUGGAGCCACACCUGAGUAUGGUUAUGACGUAACAUUCAAAGUGAAAGAGCUGAGGCCCGUGGCUGGAGGGGUGGACACUAUGGUGGGAUUGAACAACGAAGCUCUGCUGACUGGCCGAGUCAGUACGCCCAAUCUAGUAGGCCGGGGUGAGAGACUCGAGGGUUCAUUCCGGCAAGGGAGUAAGGAGACAAGAAGAUACAAUCUGUCGUUGUGGAAACCACUGUUGCUGUCUAAGAAUGGUUCAAGUGUUUCAGCUUCAGUCUUUGGUGAUAUUCAAGACUGGCCGCCAUGUAAAUUUAAACUCGGAGAAAGUGGAAUUAUGUUGGACUUUGUCUACAACAACUCCAAAUAUAUGAGAAACAGUAUAGGGUGGGAAGGAUGCGUCAGAGAUGUAGCUGUCGGAAACCGUUACGCUGCGUUCGAAGUGAGAGAAAACGCAGGGAGUACGUUAAAGUCAUCACUGAAACACACCCUUGAGUAUGAUACGAGAGGAUCAUUAUCCAAGAUAUUACCAUCCGCUGGACUAUUAGCCCAGUUAACCUCAGAAUAUGCAGGGUUAGGAGGAAAUGUCGGCUUUUUCAAAACUAACGGAUUGUUUAGAGUCGAUAUUCCACUACCAGCAGAUUUUGUUCUGCAAGGCACAUUGAACGGUGGGUAUAUGGUUCCUCUACAUACAGACAACAAAGGUGUUUCUAUAUGUGACAACUUCUUCCUUGGAGGUCCAGUCACAUUUAGAGGUUUUGACUUUAGAGGCGCCGGUCCUAAUAUUGAUGGCAGUUUUCUUGGAGCGAAGAUGUACUGGAGUGCUGGUCUGAGCCUUUUCACUCCACUGCCAUUCAGGCCUAAACUUGGUGGUUUUGGCGAUAAUUUCCGAGCUCACUUUUUCAGUAAUGUUGGGAAUAUUGGUAGUUUCAAUAUCGCUGACGGAGCUAGUCUGAUGGACAACGCCAGACUUGCCUGUGGCUUAGGACUGGCUAUGAGACUCGGUCAGAUGGCUCGGUUAGAACUCAACUACUGUUUCCCUGUUUGGGUCCGAGAUGGCGACAGAUCUAUACACGGCAUACAAGUGGGAUUAGGGACAACACCUUGAGAUUCUCGCCGACUGUAGGAUUACAACUAUUUAUUUUAGUGCUCAGUUUAUGUUUGUGAAAAUUCUGAGGUUCGGUCUCUGUGAGUCACUGCCUAUUUUAGUUUAAGAACAAAUCUCUCUGCAUGUUCUAAUUUGGCUAAUUUUAGUUUCUAAAUGCGUUUUAGACACAUUAUACAUUUUAAAUGUAAUUGUUUUCGACUUUAAGCGAGUACAAGACGAGACUGUAAAUACAGAGUUACCUGAGGCCGAUGUAACACAAUAGUUAUUGUUAAUAAAUUGUUCUGUUGAAA